GUGGUCUCAAGGCGGUACUACCUGGCCUUGAGGGCCAAAUACUCAGCGACGCAUUUGAGAUGAAGAGACCAAAUUUGCCUUUAACAUGGGAAUCGAUAACCCACCAUGAAAAUUGUGUAUUCGAGUUGGCCUCGACCAGCCUCAUCGCCCGGGAUUCGGUGACCAUGGGAUGUCCCCUUGCGUACCAAUCUCGUCAAAGCUCGAGUGAGGACGAUGCCCCUUCUUGUCCAGUUGAUAGAGCGCCCCCUCCCGACAAAGAGGGUACACAGCACUCGCUGCGAAGUGGGAUAAUUGAAGAUGAUGGCGACAGCAGCGAGGGAGAAGCUCACCGGAAAAGACAAAAGGAAGUGAAGAAAAGCUACGUACCAGCACACCCCUGGUUGAUAAAACCACCCGGUGACACCCGUAUGCAAAUCAAUAAAUCGACAAUAAAGUACUCAGAGAUUUUAGAAGAAGUAUACCACCCGAGGCAAAUCAGGUUGAAAGGUCAGAUGUUGUGUGUUCCUGAAUGGCGUGCUUACAUCUUCCUGGCAACACCGAUGCUACCCGACCUUCAAGUUAUGUUCCAGACAGGGUUAUACAUCAACGACCUCAGCAUGCACGAUUCGAGCCGAGAUCUGGUGCUAGCAGGUACCCAGCAGUCCGCAGAACUCAAACUUGCCUUAGACCAGGAGCAACGGAAAAGCGCGGAGCUUGAACAAAGCAUGAUGAAACUCGACCAGGAGAUGAAAAGAACCGAUUCGCUGCUCUACCAGAUGAUACCAAGACAAGUAGCAGAGAAGCUCAGGAGAGGGGAACCAGCGACAAGUACCUGCGAGGUAUUUACUGCUGUAACUAUUCUCUUCAGUGACGUAGUGGGCUUCACGACCAUCUGUUCGCGGAUCCCACCGAUGGCAGUCGUCUCUAUGCUGAACGGCAUGUACACAAAGUUUGACAACCUCAGCGAACUCUACGAAGUCUACAAGGUGGAAACCAUAGGAGAUGCUUACAUGGUGGUGUCCGGUGCCCCUACGACAACGAAGUACCAUGCUGUACGAAUUGCAGAGAUGUCUCUGGGAAUGAGGGAGAGUAUGAACGAUCUCAGAGACCCUUCGAGUAAUGAUGAUAUCGUCAAGAUUCGAGUCGGUAUCCAUACAGGCAUGGUCGUGGCAGGUGUGGUUGGACUAAAGAUGCCUCGAUACUGUCUCUUUGGCGAUACUGUCAACACAGCCUCUAGGAUGGAAUCUACUGGGGAAGCACUGAAGAUUCAUAUGAGUGAGACUACGAAAGCGGACCUAGAUCAGUGGCCAGGGUACUAUGAUAUAGAGGAAAGGGGUUCGACGGUUGUGAAGGGCAAAGGAGCGAUGAAGACCUACUGGUUGCAUGGUAAAACCACGGAUGCCAAUGUGAACUCACCAAUGGGUCUAGCCAAAGAGGAGAAAGGAACGUCUCGGUCAAGACAGUCCUCCAUAGACUCGUCACCGGUAUUGCGAAGUAGAAGUAUAGCUGGUUCACGUAUGGCAAUGGAUGGUGAGCCGAGGAGUGCAUCGGCCACCUCGAGGACCUACUCUCCCGUCAUCACCGCCGAAGUCAUGGACCGUGCCUUAACACCGCAGGCACUACGAGCCAGCCUUGCACCGAACGAAAGCUCCGACAGGCUCAGUCUUUCUUCAACCGAAACCAUCAAGCCCUCCAGCGGCGGCGACUGCCUCAGCAUAGUCCGGCGUGACAGCAAAGCUAGCAUCUUCAUGGGGUACGUCCCGGUGACGCCCUCUAUCGGUGACUCAGUUGCAGAGGCUGCUCCGAAGACUGUAUGCACCUGUCAACGGAAGUUGUCGCUCAUCAAUAAAGAGGUUCAAACUGAGGAUGUGGGGACUAUUGCUAAUGAUUUUGUCAAAGGAACUGAGAUGAACUCUUAUGGGUUAGACGAGAAGAGACCGCAGGGUAACGGAGCAGAGACUGAUCGAUUUGUUGGGGGAAUGGAUGGGACUAAAGGACAGGCCAACGUUGCCCACAGUUCUGCAUGUUGUAUUCUCUAGCACUGUCAAAUAUCACUAAUGUUGAGCGCGCACAAAUUGGAGCUUCGCUCAAAGCUUCUCUGCCUGUUAAAGUGCUCAAAUUUCCCUUGCUCUUAAGCAUGUUAAGUGGGUCUGAUGUAGGAGUGUGCCAGUGUCAUUGCAGCUACAGUGGCAGUUGGUCCCCGUUUAAACAAAUUUGUUUCGAUGGUGUUUGCAAACAAAACAAGGUACUGCUGGGAUUGAUUUAAAUGUUCACCAGAAGCGGAAGGAUUACUAACAGGGAUAAAUUUUUGCUUACUUGUACUGCGUUGUCUUGUCAAAAUUGGAUUUAAAUUUCCGUGGCCUUUUCUUACAAAACUUUCCGACAGAUUCAAGUCAAAUUCAGAGCGUGAUUGAUCUCAAUUUUUCUAUUUCUUAACUACGCAUUUUGGACCAAUAGCACUUUGAGUUUGAUUUGAAUCUGUCAGAACUCUUUGAAAGACGGGCGCUGAUACCACCCCGUCAGCACUGUAUUGUGUCCUAAACAUGCUAAAUUAAGAGCACAUCAUGUAGACAAUAACCAGUGCAACUGGUCAUCUAUGAUACAUCUAAAAAUAUGACUUUUUAAAACAGGAUAGCAUCAAAAUUAUCAAUCCCUUUCAACAUGCACGAUAGCUGUUUCUUAUCUCUCAUACUCUUCAAUGAUAUAUCGCAAAAAUAAAUGUGUCUUCAUGGGUUUUUUUUCUAGAACCAUGUACAAAAACGUGAAAAUUAUCAACUAAUUGUAAUUUUCUGAUGGUCCUUCCCCCCUCACACUUCCACCACCAACACACACAUACACACACACUUUCAAAACCGUUCCGCGGUCCCUGUCCUUAAACUGUUAGACAUGCAUCUUACAGUAAAAGUCUGAACAAAAAAUAUUAUAGAGGUUAUUAACAGAGUUAGGGAAAUCUUAUUUCGACCAGUGUCAAGUCAAGGUUCAGAAAGUUGUUCUGAAAGUUACUUUAGAAAAUCUUUUAGAUUGCACUGACCAAGUAAUCGAACCAAAUAUGGCAUAAAAAUCCAUCAUCCAAAGUUUAGAAAAUGACUUAUCUGAUUUUAUUCACUAGAGGAACAAGAUAGCGUUUCACCUUACAUUUAAAUCAAAAGAAUGAUAUGUAGUGCUGGAAGCGUACGCAGUGGCUUGGUUACAGGAGUGU